AUGGCUUUCAUCAAAGGCUAUGUGAUCUUGCUGAUCACUUUCUUCCUCAAAGAGAACGUCCUGGCAGCACCAACUGGAGAUCCCCUCCUUGGUUACCAACCCUCAAACGUCGUCAUCAACCAAGAUACCGACAGUACCGAUUAUGGACUUGCACCAGGCCAAACUGAUUCAGCAACCAUAGGCGCCUUUCUUGACUUCAAUGGUGUUGAGGAUCCUCAACCGAUUCGCGGCAGCAAAGGUGGUACUGACCCGGGUCCACGAACCGAAAUAUAUGAUAUCCUCAAUCCCGAUAAAUUUGCACCUCCAGGCACCGAUCAUGGAAGUGUGAGUAACGCGCAAUGGCCCAUGGGACUCAGUCAUGCAAAGUUAGGACUCGGUUCUGCAGGCUGGUCGAGACAACAAAAUGUGGAUAAUAUACCGGUUGCUACUGAGAUGGCAGGUGUGGAUAUGCGCUUGGAGGAGGGCGCUUACCGCGAAUUGCAUUGGCAUAAAGCAGCAGAAUGGGCUUAUAUAUUUAACGGGAGUGUUAGGCUUCAGGCUGUUAAUGAAGACGGCGAAACAUUUGUUGAUGAUUUGAGUGCGGGCGAUGUUUGGUUCUUCCCACCAGGUGUACCACACUCCUUACAAGGAUUAAAAGGCGGAACUGAAUUUCUCCUGGUCUUUGAUGACGGAAGUUUCUCUGAAGACAAUACCUUCUUGGCUACAGAGGUCUUUGCGCAUAACCCAGUUGAAAUCCUCUCCAAGAACUUCCAACUUCCCGAAUCCGCCUGGUCCGACAUCCCUUCAGGAGAACUCUUCAUCUUUCCCGGUACAAAGGCCCCUACCGAUAUAGCCGAACAAAAUGUUACCGGCUCAGCUGGUCUCGUUCCUCAAGAAUUCUCCUACUCUUACCACCUUUCCAAAGCCCCCCCUACCCAUGACACGGUUGGUGGGAGCAUCAAAAUUCUCGACCCGAAAUCCUUUCCCCUCGCUGCCCAAUUUUCCGCCGCAGUUGUAACUGUGCACCCUGGCGCUAUGCGCGAAAUUCAUUGGCAUACUACUAGUGACGAAUGGAACUUCUUCCUAGCUGGAAGUGCGAGAAUCAGUAUAUACGCGGCACAGGGGAUGGCGAGGACGUUCGAUUAUCAUGCAGGAGAUUGUGGGUAUAUCCCCAAGGGGAUGACGCAUUAUGUUGAAAAUGUUGGGAAGAAUGAUUUAGUUUUCAUUGAAGUUCUAAAGGCUGAUCACUUUUCGGAUAUCUCAGUUGGUCAAUGGGUCGGCUUGACGCCCAAGCAGAUUAUAGCAGAUACCCUCAAUCUGACCAAUGAGACUGUCUCGGCUUUCAAGAAGGAGAAGCAGUACAUUGUGCAAGGUGAUGUGGUUGCUUGA